AUGGGUACAUUGGGCAAUCCACAUUGGGGAGUAACUUGGGAUGAUAGGGGCAGGACUGGAAUUGCAGGGAUUUUCAUAUCACAUGGAGACAAGAUCCAUUCUCUCCAGUUCCAGUUCGUAGAGAAUGGAUGGAACCUUGGUCCUGUGGAGCUUAAUUAUCCAUCAGAGUCAAUUAUAGGCAUAAGUGGUUACUGUAGCUCCCGCGAGGAGCUGCGAUCUGUGACACUCAAAGGCAAGGGUUACUGCAGCACCCUCUGUGGGCUGCAAUUGGUGACCUCAAUCAACUUCAUUACCAACAAUGCCACUUACGGACCAUUUGGAUGCCCCGCCCUAGACGAUACUGUGUUUGACUUCCAAAUCGGAGGACACAACAAAUUUUGCGGAUUUCAUGGAAAUUUUGCCUUGUAUCUGCAUUCAAUUGGGGUGUAUAUGGAGCCAAUGAUGGCUCUAAGCAAUGUUAACAAUCUUGAGGAAAAGGUGAACAUCAAAACUGAAAAGGCUUAG